AAAAAUGAUGCACAAUCUUCACAAAAUUGCAACUGUUCCUUAGUGAACCGAUUGUGUGUUCACUUGACGUGACUGAUGGUACCCACAUGACCCAACUCGCUGUGAAGACUUCUAAAGCAUGAGAUCGUGUGUGGAGAGGUGGACGAGGAUUUGUGUUUGCAUAUGGGAAAUGGCUGUGCUGAGUGAGAGAGCUUGAGAUUCAUCGCCAUCCGGGACGUAUCCGUCUCUUGGCGCCGCGGGAAAGUGCCGGAUGUUGUCCGGUGCCGAGAUCCAGAAUGGUAAGAAGCAUAAGAGACUGAGCCUUGGUAGCAGCAGCAGCAACAGCAGCUUCAUGAGCACCAUCGUGCUGCUGAAGGAAUUUCACACACAUCUGCGUCUAGGUUGUCUUUGUGGCCCACUCGGACGGAUCCCUUCGUUCCUGCUACACUGCUCGCCCUAUCUUUCGGCAAGGUCAGUAGUUACGAAGUGUGGUGGACCUCUUUAGGAAUCGAGGAAGCUUGUCAGGCACCCUGAUCACCUCAAGCAGCUGCUCAGGAUAUAGGGAUGGAGUUUUUGAGUGCUUUUUUAAAUGCCAUAUCAUUCUAUAUCCCACAGUACACGGGCUUGUCACCCAUCACAUUCUUCACGAUUGCUGCACUGGUUUGCGGUAUAUACUUUUUAAUAUCAGGUCUCUUCGCACCUGCGCCUGCUACGUAUGCCCCCCUGAAGCCACUGCCGCCUCCCAGACAGUUCGGGGAGAUUACUGCGGAGGAUCUUCGAGCCUAUGAUGGUACUGAUCCUGACAAGCCUUUGUUAAUGGCUAUCAAGGGUCAGAUUUAUGAUGUUUCUCGAUCAAGGGCGUUCUACGGCCCCGGUGGGCCAUACGCACUCUUUGCUGGAAAAGAUGCUAGCAGGGCCUUGGCCAAAAUGUCCUUCGAGGAGAAGGAUUUGACUGGCGACACUGAAGGGUUAAGUGCCUACGAGGCUGAAGCUCUGACUGAUUGGGAGUACAAGUUCAUGAGCAAAUAUGUGAGAGUGGGCACUGUCAAGCAAAGCCCUGUUUUGGAUAAGAGUGAGUAGAUUCCAACUGUAUCCGGCGGCAGAGAAACUGCGGCUCCUGACGCUGGUUCGGAGACAGUAAAGGCUUAGUGGAGUAGUAAAUUGUUUUUGAGCUUGUGGAAUUGGGGACCAUCGGAAACUGGAAUUUGACUUCCCAUUUGUACAUGCAAUUCUACAGUUUGAAAAAGAAAAUAAUUUGUUCCACUGCAGAGUUAAUGAGCGUAGUGUUUCCGUCAAGGCAAAUCAAACUGUUCUCGGGUCGUAGGCUUCAGGAGAUAUUAAUAGUUGCCGUUCUAUCUAAGUCUAUUGCACUUUCAAUAAGUAUUUUAUGUGAUCAGUGUGACCAGCUGCUCAAGUUUCUUAGACACUUGAAGGGGCGUAAUCAGCUGCUAGGAAUCUCCCAGUUAUUUUUCCAUCACCGCACUGACACCCAAAUUUUAAGCAUUACUUACUCAGGAUGUUGUACUAGUUUAUGAAUUGCUUUA